AGGGAGUUUGGGCACAGUCUGCGGAGACCUCAAAGGUCUCCUCCGGGAGGCUAGAUCGCCAGCACCUCUGGCCAUGGCACCGCAGGGACGACUUCUCAUCCGCGGGGGUCGCGUGGUCAAUGAUGACUGCUCACAGGUGGCCGACGUGCUAGUGGAGGACGGCGUGGUGCGGGCGCUGGGACGGGACCUGCUGCCUCCCGGGGACGCGCCCAGGGGGCUGCGCAUCCUGGACGCAGCGGGCAAAUUGGUCCUGCCCGGAGGCAUCGACACACACACGCACAUGCAGCUCCCGUUCAUGGGCACCCAGUCAGUCGACGACUUCUACCGGGGCACCAAGGCUGCCUUAGCUGGGGGUACCACCAUGAUCAUCGACUUCGCCAUCCCUCAGAAAGGCAGCUCCCUCCUCGAAGCCUUUGAGACCUGGCGCAGCUGGGCAGACCCCAAUGUCUGCUGUGACUAUAGCCUACAUGUGGCGGUGACGUGGUGGAAUGACAAGGUAAAAGAAGAAAUGAAAACCCUUGCCCAAGAUAAAGGAGUUAACUCCUUCAAGAUGUUUAUGGCCUACAAAGGCCUGUACAUGGUGCAAGACGAGCAGAUGUAUGCAGCCUUUUGCCAUUGCAAGGAGAUUGGAGCGAUUGCUCAGGUGCACGCCGAGAAUGGAGACUUGAUCGCAGAGGGAGCAAAGAAGAUGCUGGCCUUGGGAAUCACAGGCCCGGAGGGUCAUGAGCUAUGCCGUCCUGAAGCGGUGGAAGCAGAGGCCACUUUGAGGGCCAUCACCAUAGCCAGUGCGGUGAACUGCCCUCUAUACGUCGUGCACGUGAUGAGCAAAUCUGCGGCGAAGGUGGUAGCCGAUGCGAGGCGAGAAGGGAAGGUAGUCUACGGAGAACCGAUUGCGGCGGGACUCGGCACGGAUGGCACACACUAUUGGAGUAAAGAAUGGCACCACGCAGCCCACCACGUCAUGGGUCCUCCGCUGAGACCUGAUCCUUCAACUCCUGGCUUUCUCAUGAACCUGUUGGCUAAUGGUGAUCUGACCACAACAGGGAGUGAUAACUGCACUUUCAACACCUGCCAGAAAGCUCUGGGGAAAGAUGACUUCACCAAGAUCCCCAAUGGGGUGAACGGUGUAGAGGACCGGAUGUCCGUGAUAUGGGAAAAGGGCGUGCACAGUGGUAAAAUGGAUGAAAACAGGUUUGUGGCCGUUACCAGCACAAAUGCAGCCAAAAUCUUUAAUCUUUAUCCAAAAAAAGGAAGGAUAGCUGUCGGUUCCGAUGCUGACAUUGUGAUCUGGGACCCAGAAGCCACAAGGACGAUCUCUGCCAAAACUCACCACCAGGCCGUUAACUUCAACAUCUUUGAGGGCAUGGUUUGCCACGGGGUUCCCCUGGUGACUAUUUCCCGAGGCAGAGUGGUGUAUGAAGCAGGUGUUUUCAGUGUCGCAGCGGGAGACGGGAAGUUUAUUCCACGCAAACCGUUUGCUGAAUACGUCUACAAACGGAUCACGCAGCGAGACCAGACUUGCACACCUACACCCGUGCAGCGUGCACCCUACAAGGGAGACAUCGUCACACUGAAAUCCAGAGAGCCAGAAGAGGGUGACCCAGCUGGGACCAGGAUGCAGGGCUACUCUUCAUCCGGCUGAUGUGGUCAAGCAAGGACAAAGCAGGCGUUCUGCAGUAGAAGCCGAGCAAAGGCCCCAAGGCCGCCUCCCCACCAGCCGUCAGCCCCUGGCGCAGAGUCUGUUAUUUCAACUCCCCGAGAUCCUUUAGGAAAAAUAAUCGCUCUGGGCCGCUUUGAUUUUUCUCUCAGAAGCAAUAGCCGCCUGCCUCACUGUGCCUUUGUUGCUGAGCGAGAUUGAAGCUAUAAAUGAACGUUCCUGGGAUGGGAAGUCCGCGUGAAGACUCGUUGAUGAGCCCUUUCAGGUGUCGUCUUUCUUUACACCAGGUUUCUUUCUCUGGGUUUUUAAAGAUGACUUUCUGUGUAAGGCUUGGUUGCUGUUCUGUUUUGUUUUAAUGGCUGCAUUUGUUUGAAACAGCACUAUGAUUUUUACUUUUGAUUGCAAUUA